GCAGAACUCAAGAUUAACCUGCCGAAGAAGCUCAUGAUCAGACGAACACUCGUACCUGAGCAAUUACGUGGAGAGACUGACUCGCGGAUUUCCAGAAAAUAAAAGUUGCUCUCCUUCUCAGUCGUCGUUACCUCUCUUAACUGCUCAUCUUCAAUAUCGCCCAUAUCGCAUCACCACCUACAAGUUGUAGCAAUGCCCGAAUCCGAAGCCAAGAAAGCGCCCAAACCGCCUCUGAAAGUCGGACUGGCACUACCCGCUGUCUAUCAGGGACGCGGCUCUUACACUGAAAGCUCGAAAGGGGUCCGGGACGUCCAGUUUGUCAUGCCGGGAUCACGGCCUAAGCAAGUCGAUGUUCUCCAAGUAGACUCAACGGCUACAUCGCAACCCUUUAUUGACCCGGCUGUCUUUCAAAAAUGGAGCGACAGGCCUUGAUAUCUGCGUCCCAUCAAGUGUUUCUAUAGAAACUCAAACCCGAUCUUAUCGUAUGCACUUUCGGGAUUGCGACUGUCCAUCACUGUCUUGGCAGAGAUGCUUCAUCCCGGAUCCGAGCGCUAGGUGGCUGUUCCGGAACCAUUUUAGGCCCGGCAACAAAGCAUGUGCCUCUGCCCGCCCGAGCCAUCUGUCAAACUCGAGGCGCUCUAGUAAAUAAAGUUGGGGAAAGAUGAGCACGCGUGCGCUCCGGUAACUGUGGCCGGCAUCUCAAAACCCCAGAAUUCCUCCCCGCGGCUCAAUUUCGACCACUCUGGGGUCCGAUCCGGUGUCUGGUCUUCAGACCGUUCGGCUUGAGACCUGCUUGGCCAUGAUCCACUCUUCAAGGAAGAUUGAUGAGCGUCGGGAUUCACGUGGGGCCAAGUCCUCGGAUUUGGAGUUGCAACAGUCCCACGUCCAGUCAGAUCGGUAUUAUCGAACAGAGGUUCCGCCACAACAUUCAUCCCAAAUUUGGAAUUCAUCCAAAGACGGAUAAUUAGGAUUGGAUUUACUGCAUCACCAUCACUGUCUUGAGCACGACAGGAUUCGCGACUGCACACAGGACGCUAAAGUCUCACAUCUGAACAAAGUCCCAACUUCCAAAGUCCCAAUUCUCAAGCACUUUCCGCCAACACCGUCAGCACAAUGCGGGCUAUCGGCCGGGGAUGCUGCUCGACUGGGCGAGAAGUGUAGUAUCCACCCUCCGGGUCCCUGCCCGGAACCGACCCACCAUGCCCACUCCAACUGGGGUGAAACGGGGGACAUAAGCCAGCUUUAUACUCAGAUUUCAAAGCAAUUGGUAGAAUUGGUUUCGAAGGAUUGAGGGUGAGCAUUUCCCUAGUCAGGUCGUCUCAGAGUUUCUCCCCGCGUCCACUUUCCGCGUGCGGGGUUCCGGGCACUAGAGGGCGUGGCGUUGACCAUCGGCAUAUCGAAAAGGGCAUGGGUUUGGAAUUGACAAAGUGUCCCACGUAGGUCGGGUCGCUACCUUUCAC